GACGUCAUAUUACAGCGACAGAGCCUGAGACGGGUUCACCAAAUAAAAACGAAAACACCGUGAGCUUUUGUUCAGUUUUGUACAAAAAUUAGAGCAACAUGCCCAAAGUAAAGAGGAGUCGGAAGCCGCCCCCGGACGGCUGGGAGCUUAUUGAGCCCACUUUGGACGAGCUGGAUCAGAAAAUGAGAGAAGCUGAAACGGAGCCCCAUGAGGGAAAGCGGAAGGUGGAGUCCCUUUGGCCAAUUUUCAGGCUGCAUCAUCAGCGGAGUCGAUACAUCUUCGACCUCUUCUAUAAAAGGAAAGCCAUCAGCAGAGAGCUGUAUGAGUACUGUAUAAAGGAAGGCUAUGCAGAUAAGAACCUGAUUGCCAAGUGGAAGAAGCAGGGCUACGAGAACCUGUGCUGCCUGCGUUGCAUCCAAACACGAGACACCAACUUUGGAACCAAUUGCAUCUGCCGAGUUCCCAAGAGCAAGCUGGAAGUCGGAAGGAUCAUUGAAUGCACUCACUGUGGAUGCAGAGGAUGCUCUGGCUAAACGCUUUUUUUUUUUUUUGGAGAUCUGGCCUAUUUUCCGUCGGGGAUUCGGGCCUCCAUCUGUGCACUCUCAAAACCCCAAAGCAACAUUGUCUUCAUUUCAGUCACCUGCAUCAGAAACAAAUCGCUGAUAUCUUUGCCACCAUCCUCAGCUGCCCUUAAGGGGGUCAGUAUUUAGUUUUCUCUUCACACUGAGGGGAGCCAAGGAGAAAACAUUGAGAGGGGCCACAUUGUAUUGCUUACAUUUGUUUUUGUGUAUUUUUUCUCUUAAAUAUUUUGUGCCCUCAACUCCAAAAGCUCAAAGUAGGAAGUUGAGGUUAGCUGUUUCUGGGUCAGGCCUGUCAUUCCAGCUAGUCACUGUGAAGGUCAAAUGAAAUUCUAAUAAUGUUUCAUGUCAUUUGAAGAGGGCUGGGAGAAAUGCUUUUAGUUUGAAAUGUCAUUGUUCUAAACCUUAAAACUUUUUACUCAUCAUUGUUCUUGUAGUCUUAUUUUAAAUUAAACUCUUCUGAUUUA